AUGGUGAGUGACAAAAGCAGUCAGGUGAGUAGUAGCAAUGGGAGAUCAACAGACCAAGUUAAGGGAAGACCGGACUUGCUUUAUUUGAAGAAUGAAGUCCCUUUAUUGAUUGUUGAAGUUAAGGGACCCCGUUUUAGUGACUUGGUCAAAGAUGGAAUUAAUGAAUCAAGUGAGGCUUUCAAAUCAAUCAAAAGGCAAAGCAAUUCUCAUGUUGAAGGUGAAUGUGAAUCAUGGACUGGGUUUGAAGUAUUACAAGGAGAAGGACACCGGAGUCAUCAUCACGAUAUUGCAACGAGAAACUGCAAAGUUGCCGAUGGCAAUAUUGUAUUCUUGGACUUCUCUCAUGCUAAGAACCGGGAGUCCAAAUACGAUAACUCUGACGAUAUUCAUGAUCUUAAAUAUAUUUAUGAGUACAACAAGCUCGAAGAAAGCGACGAUGAUAAGUAUUCAACAGUUGGAUCAGCUCCAUUCUCAGAGGUGCAAUUCCCAAGCACUGCUGGAACGGAGCCUACAAAGCCUGAUUCAAAAUAA